AUGAUUAUGGACCAUGAACUAGACGUAAUACUGUCGAAGAUGGCAGACAAAAACAGGAGGCGCUCUAGUAUAUUCUCCCUCCUGAGGAGGAAGAAGGUGAGCAGACAGUCGUCUGAUCCGAGCAGCUUUUACACCCUGGAUUUGGGCAGGAAGUAUUCCGUGGACUCGGCCAUACAGAACGAAGAGAGCGAUGAUAUGGGGUUCUUGCGAUGUAACGGAGAACUAGCAGGCGCCGCGUCGGACACGGACAGCGAAGGCUCCAGGCAGGGGAUGCAGGACUCGUUGACCAGCGCUGACCCGGUAGCGAAGAAGAGGGACGUGCUCAGCCGGAUAGAGACCUUGUACGUGGAAGAUCCUGAUAGGGAGAUCGGCGUGGCUGGAGAGUUAGUGGAGGAGGUGGCAGAAGAAAAUAAGUCGCUGUUAUGGUUCCUGCUCAAGCAAGUGAGGCCGGGCAUGGACUUGAGCAAAGUGGUUCUGCCGACGUUUAUUUUAGAGCCACGCUCGUUCCUGGAUAAACUUUCCGAUAACUACUACCAUGCGGAUCUUUUGGGACAAGCCCAGACCUACGAAGACCCGUACCAGAGAUUCAAGGGGGUACUCAGGUGGUAUCUAUCUGGUCUCUAUCGGAAACCAAAAGGUCUGAAGAAGCCCUACAACCCAGUGCUUGGGGAAACCUUCCGCUGUUGCUGGCGUCACAAGGAAGACACCUAUACUUAUUAUAUUGCUGAGCAGGUAUCGCACCAUCCGCCGGUCUCUGCUUUUUAUGUGUCAAAUAGGAAAGAAGGGUUCGUGAUAGAGGGCAGUUUGCUUGCUAGGUCUAAGUUUUAUGGUAAUUCAACGUCAGCCAUCUUGGAAGGUUGCGCGCGCAUCCACUUGUUGAACUGGGGUGAAUCCUAUAUAACAACGGCGCCGUACGCGCAUUGCAAGGGGAUUGUCAUCGGGACGCUUAGUAUGGAAUUAGGGGGGAAGGUUCACAUAAUUUGUCAAGAGACGGGCUACCAGGCGGACGUCGAGUUUAAGUUAAGGUCGUUCCUAGGUGGCGCUGACCAAACAAAUGUGAUAACCGGUAGAAUUAAACGCGGCAAAGACACAGUGGCGACGGUGGAGGGAUAUUGGGACGGACGGAUAGACAUUAAGGACAAGAAAAGUGGGGAGGAGACGAGUCUGCUCGACGUUUCAGUGCUAAAAGAGCAACGUUUGCCCAGAUACCUGGUCAACGUGGACAAGCAACAGGAAUGGGAGUCUCAGAGGCUCUGGUUGAAGGUCUCGGAGGCUAUUUUAAAUGAGGACCAGGUGGUAGCCACAGAACAGAAGACAAUAAUAGAAGAGGCGCAGCGUGCGAGAGCGCGCAGCCUCAUAUCGCCCUGGUCUCCGAGACUCUUCCACCGGGACUCUAGGAGUGCUCCUCCAGAAGGAAUCGUGGACCAAGGAUGGAAAUAUAAUCACUCGGACACAAGUCCCUGGCAACCGGACGAGCUCAUCGAGUACGAAGACGACUUCGUUAUAAAGUCCAUCAAGAGCGGCGCGUCCCUCGGUACCAGCGGAGAGGCCAGGCUACGGGAACUGUCUCAGCGGGCCUCCGAUUCGGACAGUCACGAUGAACUGGCGCGACGCUCUAAGACUUCAACACGCACCCUCAAGCAAACCCUUCACUCGAUCGAUUCUACGCUUCGGGAGCAAUCUCUUGCGAUAGACCGCCUAUCAAAAACCGUGGAGAUGUUAAACGAAGGUCAGCGUGCAGCCGCCUUUCACCCCCAGAAUUUAGCUAGAGUGCCAACAGCCUCCCACUCUUGGGACCUGUUUGGCGGGUUCGUUCUUGCCAUGGUGCUGCAGGCGCUACUAAACUGGAUAUUCCACCAAAGACAAGAGAAAGAAUAG